GGAGCAGGGAGCAGGAGCAGGAGCAGGGAGCAGGAGCAGGGAGCGGGGCUUGUUGCUGCUUACGGCUCGGCCCGGGGACGUCGGUGCUUCGCUGGGCCCAUCUCUCCGCCCUCGACAUGGAGUUUUUAAUGGGGAAUCCGUUCAGCACGCCGGUGGGGCAGCGUAUCGAGAAUGCGACCGGCUCCAGCCUGCCGGCAGAAGACUGGGCCCUCAACAUGGAGAUCUGUGAUAUGAUCAACAGCUUAGAGGAAGGACCCAGAGACGCGAUCAGAGCCUUAAAGAAAAGGAUCGUGGGGAACAAGAACUUCAAGGAGGUUAUGCUGGCGCUCACUGUGCUGGAGACGUGUGUGAAGAACUGCGGCUACAGGUUUCACAUCCUGGUGACGACACGGGACUUUGUAGAGGGGGUUCUGGUCCGGGCGAUCAUCCCGAGAAACAACCCUCCGUUAGUGCUGCAUGACCGAGUGCUCAGCAUCAUACAGGCGUGGGCGGAUGCAUUCCGCAGCUCACCCGACCUGACGGGCGUGGUGUCCGUGUACGAAGACCUGCGGCGGAAGGGACUCGAGUUCCCCAUGACAGAGCUGGACGGCUACGCACCCGUCCAGGCCCCCCAAAAGACGUUGCCCGGGAACGGGCCUGCUGUCACUUCUCUCCUUGCUGUGCGCCUCUCUUCCAAACCUCCGCUCAUCCCUCCCCAGACUACUGAGCUAAAACUGGCCCUGGAGGGAAACACUGCUUUCACUCCCAGCCAGAUUAAAAAGCUGAAGACAGAGCUGGGAGUGGUGCGAACCAACCUGACUAUGAUGUCAGACAUGAUGAGUCAGCUGGAUCCCGUCACGGUGAAACAAGCCGACAUGGAGCUGCUGGAGCAGUUAUACACAGUAUGUAAGGAAAUGCAAGACAGGAUAGUGAAGAUCGUCCCCAGGCUCAGCGAGGAGAGGCUGAUCGAAGAGUUGCUGGCAGCGAACGAUGAGAUGAACACCGCCUUCACACGCUACCACAGGUUUGAAAGACGAAUACCGAAUGGUCAAAACUCGGCAGAGAAGAAUCACACAUACGUCAACCUAGCGGACCUCGACUUGACACCAGACUCCGUCAGCCAAUCAGGGAUCGCGUCAGUUACCAAUGACAGCGCGUACAGCCUCUCAAAGGCUGACAGUUUGUCCAGUCAGAUGGCGAGACUUAGUACAAGUGAAUCAGACGACCCGUUGUCACAAAACUUCAAUGUCUCAACUCAACAAAGACCAAGCGAGCGGUGUGAAGGUGCAGUGGACGGCCCGGCUCAGGCUCAGCACCGCAGACCGCACAACGCUCCAACGGACGACAGCCCGGCCUCCACCCGCAGCUCCUCACCAAAGUUAGAUUGGAUGAUUAAAAGGGGAAUGAUUCCCAUCAACCAGUCCACUGUAAUGGAUGAUAUUGAGAAAUGGCUGGAGUUGGAUGACGAGUAUGACGACUUUGAGGAUUCAGACGGUGUGACCAGUGAAGAGUUUGACAGGUUUUUGGCAGAAAGAGCGAAAGCAGCCGAGCGUCUGCCAUCGGUGAGGGCUUCCCCGCAGGACGCCAACCACUCCGAGUCUUAAGCUACACCUGCAACCUGCCAAACUAACAGCACUCCCGAAGCUCCGGCGUCCGUCGGCCGACAAACGUAGGGAUCUCUUUUAGACGGAUGGAUGAUUGGCACAUUCGCCGUGGGAAUUAUAUCCCGGAUCUGGGGAAGAACAUCUCAGUUGUGUAUACUGCUCUUUACUACAGGGCAAAUGUCUCCUCAUGGUGAUGACGGCGCGGUGGACACAUGGGGUGAUGAUGGCAGAGUGGUCCCAUGCCUUUGGUGUGGGAGACCCGCGUUCGAUUCCCACUGCAAUACAUCAGCCAAUGUGUCCCUGAGCAAGACACUUAACCCCUAGUUGCUCCAGAGGCGUGCGACCUCUGACAUACACUGUAUAGCAAAUGUGAGUUGCUUUGGAUAAAAGCGUCAGCUAAAUGUCAUGUUAUGUAAUGAUGAAGGACAGAGGUCUUUACCUCCCGUUGUUAUGAGGGUUUGUCCGUGUGUGGAAGGCAAAAAUUUGCACAUUUUCUAUGGUUACAUUUAGAGAUGGUCCAAUACCGUUUUUUUAUUCCAGAUAGCGAUAUUGGCUGAUACUGAGUACUGAUCCGAUACUAGUGGGUCAUAUAUUUUAUUAUUGUUUUAACAGUUGUAUACUUCUAUCCCUGUAUGGAUGUAAUAUAAUUUCUAUCUUUGUUGUCGGUCUGGCUCAGGUUAAACUCUCAAACAAUGAACUUUCUUUUAUUAUCCAGUUUGACAGUCAGUUAUAAU